CAAUCCAGAGGCAGAGUGGACACAACCCAAAACACGUUAGCAGCAGACUACUAACAAACAACGGCGGCGGUGGUGGUGGUGGUGACAGUCUUUUUUUAAGCGUACGCGUUAUCUUCACCGGUAAACAAUGUGACCCGAGAGAGGGAGCAGGGGGGGACACCUCGGCGAGGAACUGCGAGAAACACAACUUAACUUCGGCUGUUGUGAGCGGCGCACCAUGGCAUCUCAGCCGAGUGUAUACAAUGAAGAAAGGAACCUUCUUCGUCUUCGAGCGUGGGAACAGAGGAACCAAGAAGCUAGCCAAACCAAAGAACUCAACCCUGACAAUGUGCCACUAUUUGGGGAACCGUACAAGACAAACAAAGGGGAUGAGCUUUCCAAUCGAAUCCGGAGGAUGCUGGGCAGCUACGAAGAUGUGAAUAAUCCCUGUCCCAUUUCCAUCGAGGCUUCACCGGCGCCCACUUACGUAACCUUCUCACAGCCGGAUCAGGGUCAGCCAAACACGGAUAAAUUAACCAAACCUCCAUUCCACAACCAGGCCCUUUACACACAAAGCCAGAGAGGGCCGUCUAGUAACGGUUGCUCCUCUCAGCCCACAAGGACGUCCGCUGCGUCAUCGCCAAACCACCACGGACAUGCAUCAGCUUUCCCGAAGCCACUCAGCCACUUGGAACUUCAACAAAAGACGAGUGUAGUCCUCUCAGAUCUCAGGGAGCCUGUCGACAUUUCCCAAGAAAUGCUCGCUCAGUCUCCUGACGUUAAGCCGCUGCCCUUCCUCCAUUCCAGCGACCAUAUUAACACACACACUAAGGACACUUCGGAGGGACAUCAGCUCCAAGGGUGCGCAGAUGAAUCCGCGUUGAACAUUAAACAGUCUCCAAAAGAUGCGUUCGUGCCUCAAGUCAGCAAGACGAGCGCGCUGCCAUCCCAGACCUUUCCUCCAUUGCUGUCGUCUAAGCAGGCCAACACAGUCAUGACCCAGAAGCCUACGGCGUACGUGCGGCCCAUGGACGGUCAAGACCAGAUGGUCAGCGAGUCACCUGAGCUAAAGCCGUCACCAGAGCCGUACACACCGCUGCCAGAGGUGAUCAUCAAGUCUAAGCCAGAAAAAACAAACGUAAUACCUCAAAUUUCGGAGAAGAGGACAGAGAAAUCUCAGUGUGUGGAGGACAUCUUGAGGGAAAUGACUCACUCAUGGCCCCCUCUCCUAACGGCUUUACCCACACCUAGCGCCGAUGAAGCCUCCAAGUCCAAGAGAUUAAAGGAAGCAGAGGAUGUGUCUUCAUGUGCAGGAAAAAAAAGCCACAACUCUUCCUCUGGAGAUUCAUCCCAUCUCAACCAGCAAAGCUCCUCAUUUUCAGUUGAUGCGGCACAUACCAGUGAUGUCGAUGCCACGAGCUCCAGCGACUCAGACAGUAGCUCAGGAUCAGAGUCGGACAGUGAAAGCACCGUUGAGGAGUCACCUCAGCCUCCUGCGGACCACUCGGUUAAAACUGAGCCCGAUUCUCCAGCGGUGAGCCAUGGCGACUGGCAGCUGGGAAACUGGAUCAGGUCCAGCCAGCCAAACUCUGAAGGUCAAAGCAGUGCACAUGUCCCCAAGAGCCUUGCGCACAAACGGCUACUUCCCACUCAAGGCCCCGAGCGCCGCAGUGUGGAGGUGGUUGACCCGACCGCGCAGCCUAAGCUUCAGAUUUCUUCUCACCAAAAAGAAAACCUUAGCAUUAAGCAGGAGUUCACCGAAAGCCCUCAGGACAACAGUUCCCAGCACAGUAGCCAAAAAUCCCUCUCUGCUGAUGUGAAAAGCUGUACCUGGAAACCCUCAAAGUCGGCGGAGAAAGGUUGCGUGGAUCACGCAGAAGCAGCAGUCGGUGUGAAAUGUGAGGAGGUCGUAACAGUCAAAACAAAAGAGCCGUGUUUCACAGAUAGACCGAAAGUUAAGACGAAAGCUUGUAAGAAAAGCAAAGGGAGCACCGACUCCAAAAAAGACCGUAAAAGGACUAAAUCACUCGACAAGCAGAAAAACAAAUCCCAACCUGGGCCUGAAGUCGCGCUCGUCUUGUAUGGACACUGUCUGUCAUGUGGUGUGCGUUAUCCAAACCUCUGCUCCUGCACGACAAAAAGUCCCGCUCAGCACGACCAGUUGUCUCCUGUCCCACCAGUCAGAAUCAGCUGUAGCAAACCUAAAGCAGACGCCAUCUGCCAAAGGGGCAACAAAACGCCUCAGAAAACAACACACAAGCACUUGGAGAAGUCUGGGCACACAGCCAAAGGUUCUCAGGAGCUCCACGAGCCUCCUAAAACCCUGCUGGUGAAGAUAGAUCUGAGUCUGCUCUCGAGAGUUCCCAAGACGUCCAACGUUCACCUGGGGGCUCCCAGCAAGGCAAAGAGAUCAGCGCUGGUCAUAGAGAAAGACGGCGCACAAACACACAAACGCUCCAAAAGCAGCAAAAAGAGCACACCUCAAAAUGUUGAAGCAGACAAUAAAACUCUUCCCAGAAAGAAACAGAAACUGGAAAAGAAUACCUCGUCAACUCAUGUUUCUAUGAAACUGGAAAGUUCCAGCAAUCCAGCAGAGGCCCCGCAACAAAAGAAGGCCAAGAAAAAUCCUGCAGCCGCCAAAGAUCAAACUAAAGACUCGAAGUUACAACAAGGCUGUUCAGGGAAGACACAGGGGUCCAAUAAGGAGGCAGCGAAGAGCAAAGACUCCCACAAGCACAAGAGGAGUGGUGGAAAACACGCAGAGCAUCCGCGCCAUGAAAAGCAGAAACACUCAAAGAGCAGCGCUGCUGUCACGUCAUCAUCACAGCCCACGACCACCAACAGGCCUCUGCUCCCACUGGAGGACAGCUGCAGGCAGUAUCCAGUGAAGCAUUACAUAAAAGAGGCCAAGAGACUGAAGCACAAAGCCGAUGCAGAGUCGGAUAAGCUCAGUAAAGCUUUCAAUUACCUGGAUGCGGCGAUGUUCUUCGUUGAGAGUGGCAUCGCCAUGGAAAAAGAUCCACAGAUUUCAAUGUCGUCCUACACCAUGUUUGCAGAAACGGUGGAACUCCUCAAGUUUGUACUGAAACUUAAAAACACAACGGAUCCAUCUGCUCCACCCCCAGAAAAGGACUUUUUAGCUUUAUGUUUGAAGUGCCAGUCUCUCCUGCAGAUGGCCAUGUUUCACCACAAACACAAAACUGCACUGAAGUAUUCAAAGCUCCUGUCUGAUCACUUUAAUACAACACACAGUCCCGUCUGUUCAUCGAAAGUCGGAGACAACCCGUCCCCCAGAAUGCUGUCUCCGGCCAGCGCGUCCGUCAGCUCAGGCCCCGGCUCCAACCACAGCGGCAGCGGCAUCGGACCGGCCCCGGCCACUGUCGCAAUCCCUCAGGCUGUCGAACAAGUGGCUUUCACCUACGUCAACAUCACCACGUUAUUCUUGAGCGCUCACGACAUCUGGGAGCAGGCUGAGGAGCUGGCACGGAGAGGCAGCGGUAUGUUAGCAGAGCUGGACACCGUCAUGGGCCCACUGAGCCUAACUUCCACUAUGAGCUGCAUGGUCCGCUACACGAGACAAGGCGUUCACUGGCUGAGGCUCGACAGCCAAAAAGUAUGAUACUGGAAACCCUUCAUGCUGCCUCUUCUUCACUUCAAAAACCCCCCGGUCCCCAAGCUGAACUACUGUCCCUCAGGCUCUCCACCUUUUCUGUAUUUUCCGCAGACACGUCAUCAAUAAGGUAGAUUCAGACGUGUUGAAUUUCUUCAGUUUCUCCUUGGUACUUUAAAAAAAACAUGGCCGUGCGGUGUUAUCCCUCCACGUCUCGCUGUUUAUCACAAGGCGUCAUGGAGUAAUUCUCAAAUCGGGGCAAACAAUCCAUAUAAUGAACGGAGGCACAUGGAAUAUUAGAAAUAUACCACCAGUGCUAUUUGGCGGCUUCAUGAUUCAGUCAUGUGUUUGUGAUCCAGAUCUUAUUUAUUAUUCUUAUUAUUAUCACAUCUUCUGUUGUAACUAUUGAGACCUUUGAUUAGGCAGGAAUUAUGUAAACGAGCAGCACUUGGAUCAUGUUUAGACUGUACAGUGUUUUAUUUAAUUUAAAAAAAAAAAAAAAAAAAAAAAAAAAUCGAGCUCUCCCUAUUUCAGUCUGACAGGUCACUUUAUUCUGUAUAUUUUCUACUCAUUCACUGACGUGAGAGUUCAGGCGUUCAUGUCACACACGGCUGAAGUAUUAUAACAUUACUACUUAGUCUUAUCUCGACUCUGUGGGGGGAUGAGCUAAAUGUGCUAAAUUGGCUAACGUCAGUAAAGUGCCAGAUGGUGAUAUUAAAAUCAUGAUUUAAUUUAUUAAUUUUAGCUUCUCCUGUGUUGGAAUCUGUAACUUUCAGUUCUUCCAGUUCUUCCAGAGACAAAUCAUGAUGAACGGGGACAGGUUCAAAUGAUCAAUUAUGAAUAAAGACGAGAGGCAGAGUAGUACAAGUUUUUUUCUUCUUCUUUUUUUAAAAAGAAAAUGUAAAUUCAGGGGACAUAUCUGUACAGUUUAAACAUUCUCAGACUCUGUGAAGACAAAGUGUCUCAGGUUAGUUUUGGAGUGACUGACGGGUGAUGGCUGAGGUGAUGUAGCUGUGCCUUCUUUCAAAGCAGAAACUACACGGUGUGAAAACGGUUUUUAUCUGGUAGCUAUUCCUCUCCACUCGAUACGAGCCGUGAAUUGAUCCUCACUAAAAUGUUUGAGGCACCAAAUCCACAGUGCUUUAUCGGCUGCUGUCUUCCAAAAAUUACAUUCAUUCUGAAAAUUUUUCUAAAAAAAAAAAAUAAAAAAUCCUUAUUUAGGUCUGUAAGUGGUCUUUACAUUUUUACAUUUUAAUAGCAGGUGUAAAUGCACUUGAUCCGAUCUCAUUAUGUAAAUAAGUUGGACGUAGCUGGCUAACACACGUUGCUAAUUAGCCUCCUUUAGCUUUUUUUUUGUUUGUUUCUUGCAGUAAGAGUUCGGCUCCUUUUUCUGAAAAUGUGCCCAACAUGCAGAUCUGACCUUGUAUUAGUAUCGUCUCACUCUGAUAUAGAUUGCGUAAGAAAAACCGAAUACUAGAAGGACAUUUUGCAUUAAAACGAUGAGAUGAGCGAAGACCUAAACUAAAAUAUAUUUACACCAAAUGAGGACUGUGGAUUUUGUCCCUCCAGCACCAACUGAACACAAGGAACAUCUACAGAGAGCAGUGUAUGUAGAAUACAACAAUUAUUUUUUAGCCAGAGAGUGUGUCUUUAGACGAGCAAAAAACAAAAGUGGGUCUUUCCUUCCAUAGAGUGGUGGACGUUGUGGUUCAUAUUAGCCAUGUUUGUCACGUUUGAUUUACCUUUCAAGUAUAGCGGAGGCCGCUGCCGCUUUCCUUUGCACUAUUAAUCUGAAUUCUUGCACGUGUUUCGCACAACUAAAUCUGCGGGAGUAGUUGAGUAAAUGGCCAAAGUAUAGCUUCCUAAAGAAUGCCCUUCUGAGUAUUUCGUAUUUAAUUUCGUCAUUGUACAGGAGACCAAGUUCCCGAGACCAGCAUUUACUCUAAUUUACUGUUUUUGAUGGAGAUUGAAUUGUUGGCUAUCACAAGUUCUUAUUUAUACAUGAAAUCGUGACGCAGAAAGAAAGAAAGAAAAGUCUUUUUGAGGGGCGUUUCAGACUAGUGGCGUGUUUAAAUGGAAGUUUUCACCUGUUAAUUCAGUUGGUGUGUCAGUGCAAUUACAUGAUACAUAAAAGGGCUUAACGAGGAUCACAGAGUGUUCCUGACUUUAUUUUCUCACGUAAAUGAUAUUUUUUUAAGUACGGAGCGAGCACACUGGUGCCAUGGAAUUUGGGAUUAUUUUUUACAUAUCCAUCGCCAACAGGCUGCUAUAUAUUACAAAAAAAAAAAAAGUUUCUAACUGUAAUAUCUGGCAUUCAUAAAUAUCUUCAUCUGUGUUCUGAUCUGAAUUUGUGGCUUUAUGUUCAAAAUGGCUUUGAAGAGACUUUUUUUUUUUUCUCAGUUCAUUUGAAAUAUGCAAAAAAAAAAUAAAAAUGUGUUGCCGUGUACAGACAUGAAUAAACACUGGAAACUUA